AUGGCCUCCAAGUCCUGCAUACAGUUCUCCUCUGAGAGCGCCAUUUCACCUCUGGGCGCCCUAGCCCUGUUUUCCCCCCGAUCAUGGCUCGCUUCGUUUGCUCGCCAGUCUAUUCUAUCGACACUAUCAAGUUCUAUCGCUGUUGGGUACCUAGUUGUCGAUGAUGCUGAAGGCUCUCAUACCUACGGAACCCUCAAAAAAGGGUGUAAUUAUGUCCAUAUCAAAGUGAAAUGUGACAACUUCUGGCUACGACUCAUACUCUCCGGUGAUCUUGGCUUCAGCGAAGCGUACAUGAUAGGCGAGAUCGAACUCCCGGACCUCAGAGCAGCCAUGAACACAAAAAGUAACGCUCGUCUAAACGUGAUCGCAUCCUACGAUCAAUCGAACGAGCUCUUCAAAGCAUUCCUUUCAUCCGAAAUGAUGUAUUCAUGUGCUCUCUGGGAUGAAUCCGAGGGCGGUGUCCGAGGUGAUCUUGAAAUCAGCGGAGAAAAAUUACACCAUGUCCUUCGUCAGGCUCGUCUCAAGCCGGGAUACCGUGUUCUCGAAUUCGGUUCAGGAUGGGGAGGACUCGCGAUCGAGGCUGCUAGCACAUUCGGAUGCACCGUUGAUACCCUCACGCUUUCCAUCGAGCAGAAGACGCUCGCUGAGGAAAGAAUCGCUGCUGCCGGUCUUUCCGAUAAAAUCCGCGUCCACCUCCUCGAUUACCGGGAUAUCCCAUCCGAAUGGGAAAAUGCCUUCGACGCAUUUGUCUCCGUCGAGAUGCUUGAGCAUGUCGGAUCGAAACACUACUCCAAUUACUUCCGACUCGUCUCUUUCGCAUUGAAGCCCCACAAUGCCACCGCUGUCGUAUCCGCUUCGACUUUCCCCGAAUCGCGGUACUCUUCAUACCAAGCUGAAGAUUUCAUGCGCAAGUACAUGUGGCCGAAUUCAUGUCUUCCCUCGGCAUCUGCCUUGAUUCAGGCGGCUUCUCCCCACUUUAACCUUGAGCGAGUUGAGAACCAUGCUGCUCACUACCCGCGAACACUCCGAGAGUGGGGAAGGCGGCUGGAGAAGAAUUUGACUCAGGAGAUGGUUGCGAAAGAUUAUGCUGGAUUGAACGAUAAGCAGUCGUAUGAAGCGUUCAAGCGGAAGUGGAUGUACCUGUUUGCCUAUGCUGGAGCAGGUUUCGCGAAGGGUUACAUUACGUGCCAUAUGUUGACGUUCAUUCGAGAGAAUGAUGCGCCUGAAAUCUGCGAUUAAGCUGAUCCUUUUAAUUGGGUCAAGGAGUUGCCAAAUACUAUCAUUAUCAGUCGCUCAUAUUCAAGAUUAACGGACUCGAAUUCACACACAUUCUAUCUUUCCUCUUCGACCAUUUGAUUCGCCCUUAUUGUUCGGGUGUUCAGUCUUCGCGCAGCUUUCGUCGGUGAUAUUCUGGAAUGGCAAACUAAGGUCCUCUUGCAUAACACUGCAUCUACUAGACAUCACAUGCAUUACUAAGAUGUAUAUUAUACCACUCAAAACGUUGAAAUAAAAACACCUGAUAAUUUUUAUCGCCCGAAAUGUGCAUUCGGAGGUUGGAUAACAGCGCGAGUGUGAUCACUGUUGAAUUGGUAUGACCCUUGCGCUUCUUGUACAAGCACAUUCUCGCAAAGAAGUCCAUACGCACUAUUAGAGUUUCCUUGUGAGAGUCAUGAAGUCAUUAGGUUCGGU